AGUAUCAAUUCAAAUGUAACUAUUGAAUAAUAAACUAGUUAAAGUAAAGUCCAUCACUAGUUUUUCUUUUUGGUUGUGAUAUAAAAACACGGCGCCCAAUUUACGUAUAGGGAUUAAAUGAAUCCUUAAAUUCCUUCGACCAAUUUACAUGUCAGAUUAGUGGAGCAGGUGUUUACCACCGCCAAAUUUGAUAGUGGUUGGUAGUUUGGUUAAAUACAGAUCCUUAAAAUUUUUAGUAAAUGCCUGUCCGCGAUUUUCUAUAGUGAAUAAAUAAAAAUACAGAACUUAUAAGUAAUCAUCAUGUUACCAGAAAACAAAAUUGCAAAUAAAUAUCGACUUACAAAACGUUACGAAUACAAAACAGUUGAAAUUAACAAUCGAUAAUUAUUUUAUUGUUAAUAUAAGACCAACGAUCUACACUAUCCCAUAAUGUCAGAUUUGGACAGGAUAUAUAUUAUAAGCCAUAAUAAUUGAUGUAUCGCGUCAUGGAAUGAGAAAAUAUACGCUUGCGAGAAUUAUACUGGUCUAUCACGUGGUAGCGGGAACAUCUCAGCCACGUUCAAAAAGUUUUUCGUGUUACAGAGGGUAAAACGAGGAUACAUUAUUUCAUCUCAUAUUUCUGAAUAUUAUAGUUGUAUCUACAUAAACUUUUUGAUGGAGUCUUUAGUGUGCAUGUAGAUCCCGAAGUAGAAUCGUUAGUGGACCAUUAACGGCAAGAUGCCGUACAGCCGCCGUCACGAAUCAGUUUAACGUUUAGUGAUAUCUGUUUAAGAGACAACAAAAUGCUUAAUACUCCGUGGUCGUAUAUAAUUCAACUGGCUUUUCUCAUAGGACUCAUUGCUAAUUUAGCCGCCCUUUACAUUUUACACAAAACAGCAAAAAGAAGAAACAAAAAACAUCUUUUUAUGCUCAGAUGUCUAGCUACCAACGAUCUCAUGGCUCAGAUCGGAAUGAUCAUUUUGACCAACAAAUUUUUUUAUGAAAAUGUACAUCCGUCUAUAUAUUGCCCUAGUUUUGUAGUUGUAAGAGCAUUUGGACUCGGUUCGGGGUGUGUAGCUUUUGUUAUGGCACUUGAGAGAUGGUUGGCACUCACGCGACCCUUCCUGUAUCAUCAAUUGGUUACACAUCAAGUACUGAAGAAAUUUCUAUUCGGUUUAUGGAUUACUGCAGUGACUUUAACUUAUUUGCCGCUAUUUGGAUUCGGUAUUUACUACAAUGCCGAAAAUAAAACAUGCGCAAGAUUUAGAUAUGCUUCUGAACCAAAGGACAAGGCUUACGCCUAUUUAUUUUUUGCAUUUGGAGCUACUUUGUGUUUCUGCAUAGCCUUUUGCAACACUUCGGUAAUUUGCGAAUUAUCGAGAAUUAGAUCCCAACAACGAAUUCUAGUCAGAAGAAUAAGUAGAUCUAUAAUAAGUAGCCGGGUUGGAGCUGCUCGAUAUCAAACUCCAGAAGAAGUAGCGUUUGCUAAAUUGAUGGCCUUUGUUUGCAUCAUUUAUGUUGUCUGCUGGGCUCCACAAGUGAUGACAGUACCGAUCGCGCAGUACUUUAAACUCACCAACCAUGAGGACCAUAAAUUUAAAAAAUUCUUUAUAAUAGCUGACGCUGGAUUGACGGUAUAUCUACUGUUAGAUCCUUUCAUUUACGUGCUUCAAGGAUACUUUGAAGGACGAUUGCAUGCAGAUUGUUGUUGCAGUAAAAAAUCUGACAGUAAUCUUUCUAUACCUUCUAUUAUGAAAACGCAAAAUUCUGAUAUGUCCGUUUCUAUACCCUUUGAUGUAAAAGAACCUGCAAAGCCUGAUGAUGAAUUUGUACAUUUAGAAACAAUGAAGAUAACUUAAAUUUUAUAUCUCUUAAAAUAUGGUGUACUGGGGACAAAUGUAUUGGAAUAAAUGUUUAGAAAAUGGUUUUGAAUAUAAACUUUCUUUUUAUUACUAUCACAAUCGUAAUAUGUCGAGAAUUCUCAAUUUUCUCAGUAUAAAUGAAUAAUUAUAUUGUGAAAAUUUGUUUUUUUUUUAAUUUUUAUUAAUUAUUUGGAUAAAGAAACUUAAAUAAUGUAUUUUUUGUUGUCAUUUCCUACAGAAAUUUUUAGGAAUUACAUAACAAUUUUUUUCCUUAAAUGUGAUAAAUAUUUUGUGUAUUCAAUCUGAUUGUGACAGGAAUAAUUAUUUUUAUAUAAAAUAAAAUGUAUAGAAAAAGUCUGAACAAGUUUGCAGCAUAUGAAUUUUUUUUAUUAUUAAUGUUAUGGAAAACAUAUUGUUCGCAAUUACAUAUCGAAUCGUAAUUCUCAUUUUUGAAUACUUUUUUUCAAUUACAGUUUACUGAAUUCAUAUUUUUUUUAAAAGUUCUCAUACAAAUUAAAAAAAUUCAUCUAGUACCCGCGUUCUAGGUUGAAGAUCAUUUAUAAUAACUUUUACAUCUAAUAAUUGUCAACUUUUUCAGACAUACUGUAUAUUUAAAACACAUUUUGGAAUAAAUAAAAAUAAUUUAGUGAUUAGGACUAAUUAUCCCAGUGUUUAAUAAUGGCAUAUACUUAAUUACUUUUAGAUAAGAUGUACUUAUAUAUUUAACGUAUUUUUUCAAAUAAAUUGAAAUAAAAUA